CGCUUCAGUUCCAUCCAGGGGGAUUUUUUGGGGGGAUGUCACAUCCCGAAUUCCCGGCUCCGCGCUCGCGUUUAUCCCGGGAAAAGCGAUUUGGGAAGGGCUCCAAGUUUGGGAUCUGCGCUGCUGCUUCCAGCCUGGAAAACAUUCCCAAACCUCGGCGACUUUUUUUUUGGGGGGGAGGGGGGACACAAAAGGGAGAAACUGAGGCACACGCAGGGGUGGGAAUUCCCAAAUUCCCGCAAAUCCCGGAGAUUUGGGAUGAGGGAAUUCCCGCUCCAGGCCCUGGCGCUGCCGCUGGCUCCUCCCCGCCAGGAUCGCGGCCACCACGGGGCCACCUCGGGGCCACCUCGGUGUCACCGCUGUCCCCGCAAUGGGAUGGGAAUGGGACGGAAUUGGAGCCUUCCCACCCCAUUCCCGCCCCAUUCCCGCAGAAUUCCCGGACGAUGCCCCCCGGCCGCUGAAAUUGGGGACAGCGACAACGCCGGACGGCGCAGGGGACAGAUGGCGACAGCCGGCAAGGGCAGCAAGGCCAAGGGGUCAGGAGUGCGCUUCGCCUCCCAGGGGACCCAGGGCCACCCCCGGGAGGGGACACACGGCCACCCCCAGGAGGGGACACACGGCCACGUCCACUUCCAGGAGCAGCUGCACGACUCGGCCGUGAUGGUGACAGAGGACAAGGACGGCCACUUCCUGGUCAAGGUGGGAUUCCUGAAGAUCCUGCACAAGUACGAGAUCACCUUCGUGCUGCCCCUGGUGCCCAGCCUGGGCAGGGACAUUUGUCCCCUCCCUGUCCCCAGCCCCAACCUGCGCGUCAUCAGCGUCACCUCCCUGCCCGAAGGGCACAGUGUGCGCUGCGAGUACACGGCGCACAAGGAGGGGGUGCUGAGGGAGGAGCUGCUCCUGGCUGGACACGGCCCCAGCCACAUCAAGGUCACCGUCCAGGCCCGGGUCAUGGACCGUCACCACGGGACGCCGAUGCUGCUGGACGGGGUGCGCUGCGUGGGAGCCGAGCUGGAGUACGACUCGGAGCAGAGCGACUGGCACGGCUUCGACUGACCCCAAACCCCACCCCGGGGGGGUCCCCAAAGUCCCCAAAGAACAGGACGGUCCCCAAAGCGGGCGGGGGGACCCCGCUUGUCGCUGCUGCCGCUGCUUCGCCCUCGCCCCGCAGCCCCGGGGGGUUUUGGGGGAAUUGUGCCUCUUGGGGUGGGAAUUUUCCUCUUCUCUGGGAUAGGGGAGGAAUUUUGCCUGUGGAAUGUGGGGUGGGAGCGGGGAGUCCCCCAUGGCUCCGGGGUUGGGGCCGUGUCCCCCGGCCAUGUCCUUGUGUUGCUGCCAGCGCUGUUUUUUCGGGUUUUUUUCCUGUUUUUCUCAGAUUUUUCCUGGUUUUUCCCCUCUUUUCCCGUUUUUUAACUUGUGGUACAAGGACCAGGAGCAGUUUCAGGAGGUUUUAUGUGCCUAUAUAUAUAUAUAUAUAUAAAUACAAAGAUAUCUUA